AUGGCGACAACAUUGGAUAACCAGAUGUCGCAUCAGCAUGACCUCAGUCACGAUACUUUGAUGGGGUUGCAAGAACUGGAUCAAGAAUUGGACUCGCAUCUAGCAAUAUUCGAGCCCUCGAAUCCGGGCAGGGAUUCGUCUACUCCAGGUGCUAUAUCAGUCUCUACUGUCGACGAUUCUGUCAACAAUUUCGAGCAGUCCUCUAAUACUAUAAUUGUUGAUUCUUCCGGAGAAAGCUAUUCAAGAAAAUAUCAGUGUGACGCUGAUUCGGUCGAAUCCCGUACUAGGCCAACAGAGAAAAAGCACAUGGCCAAUGGCGCCCAUCAUGCCGGCUGGCGUGCUAAGCUCGUACCUGAUAACAGCAUGCACCUGAAACCUGAAAGCGCGCGCAAUUCUAUGGCCUCCUCCAUGGUUACUGAUAUCGAUGAUGCCUCAUCAGCCCUGUCUUCGAUAUCGAGCAAGGCAACCUCUCCUACAGGCUUCGAUGCCAACUCUAAGGAAACAACCAAAUCUUCGUCUCAAACGGGAAAACGCCAAACAUACGACGUCCGCCCAAAAAUUUCCAUACCAACCGAUAUCGCACCGUCGGAAUAUGCGAGACAAUGUAUCGCUGCAGCAGAAUCCUCACGCUUGAAUCCAUACAGCCUGCAUCCUGAAGAAUAUGCUAUGUUGCGUAAACAUAUCACCCACCAGCAAGUCACGACUUAUCUCAACAUCAGAAAUGGCAUCCUGAGACUAUGGGUGCGAAAUCCCUUGAUUGGUGUAAUGCGGGAUGAAGCUAUUGGAUGUGCCAGAGAUGCUCGUUGGUUUGAUGUUGCCAAUAUCUGCCAUGAGUGGCUUGUUCGACGGGGUUAUAUCAACUAUGGAUGCCUGGAGCAACCUGAUUAUCCAAAAGUUGGUAAAAAAGGGCGGGCCCCGAAGCGGAAAAGAAGAACAGUUGCUGUCAUUGGGGCUGGGAUGUCUGGCCUAGGUUGCGCGAGACAGCUCGAAGGCUUAUUUUCUCAAUUCGAAGAUCGGUUUCGCACAAUGGGAGAGGAGGUACCACGUGUAGUUGUAUUAGAAGGCAGAGAUAGGAUCGGCGGAAGGGUGUAUUCUCGUCCAUUCAAAUCGAAACCGAAUUAUCCAACGCUCAGUUACGGGACUCGAUAUACUGCGGAGAUGGGUGGUAUGAUCAUCACUGGCUUUGAUCGUGGAAAUCCUUUGAACAUCAUUGUUAGGGGUCAACUGGCACUACCGUAUCACGCCCUAAAACCGGAAACGACAAUUUAUGAUGCUACUGGGCGACCCGUAGACAUCAACCGAGAUCAAUUCGCUGAGAAACUGUUCAAUUAUAUCCUUGAUCGUGUGAGCGAAUACAAGUUCAAAAUUCCCAACCCAACAGUGGUGGAUGGUGACAAAGAUCUCUUAGACGCUGGUCGCGACGUCAACGGAGAGGGCUCCAGAACGAUCAGUGCAGUCGAGGACUCCCCGGUGGCCACACCACCAAUUGACUCAAGUAGUCAGAAAUCUAGCCCUACUAACAUACAGAUGAUUCCUGUAUCAUCUGACAGGCUCACAGGCAGAUCAGUCCUUGAGCCAGGAAUCCCAGCGGUACAUACGGCUGCGUAUAAAGCACGAGAGAUUGGCUGGGAUCUGCGACCUGGAGUGGGAAUUGAAUACGAUCUAGAUCUCGAAUCGGCCGUGAAUUCGACAUAUGCCACGCUUGGGUCUGUGUUUGACGAAGCUGUUCGUCAAUACACAAGAAUCGUUGACUUUACACCCCUUGAUCUCCGACUGAUCAAUUGGCACGUUGCAAACUUGGAAUACAGCAAUGCAAUUACGUGCAACAAGCUAAGUCUUGGGGGUUGGGAUUUGGAUGCUGGAAAUGAGUGGGAAGGGAAGCAUACUAUGGUUACUGGCGGCUAUCAACAAGUGCCAAGGGGUUUGAUGAAUUGCCCACAUCCAUUAAACGUGGAAAGAAAGAGAAAUGUGAAGCGCAUUGUGUAUAGCUCCGGAGAGACCACCACGCCAUCGAAGAUUGAAUUCGAAGAUGGCGAGAUUAUUGAGGCUGAUUACAUCGUCUCGACGAUACCUCUAGGAGUUUUGAAGCAGAACAACAUUCAGUUCGAGCCGCCUCUACCGGACUGGAAAAAGGGCGCCAUUCAGCGUAUAGGUUAUGGGGUCCUAAAUAAGGUGGUAUUAGUCUACAAAGAGCCCUUCUGGGACGAACGGCGAGAUAUCUUCGGCACUCUUCGCAACCCAGACAACCGCUUCAGCCUGGAUCAAGCAGAUUAUUUCUCAAAUCGAGGACGAUUCUUUCAGUGGUUCAAUUGUACCAAGACUUCUGGCCUUCCUACGUUGGUUGCCCUAAUGGCUGGUGAUGCGGCGUUCUAUACGGAAAAGACACCCAAUGAGGAGCUUAUUGAAGAGGCUACGAAGGUGUUGCGGAGUGUGUAUGGUCCGGAAGUGCCUAAUCCGAUAGAAGCUGUUGUCACACGAUGGGGCCACGACCCAUAUUCGCGCGGUAGCUAUUCCUACACUGGCCCGAAUUUCGAACCGGACGAUUACGAAGUCAUGGCAAAGCCCGUCGGUAACCUCUUCUUUGCCGGUGAGCACACCUGCGGUACUCAUCCAGCAACAGUUCACGGUGCCUACAUUUCUGGUUUGAGGGCCGCAUCUGAGGUCUUGGAUGCCAUGAUCGGGCCCAUUGAGAUUCCUGAGCCGCUUGUUCUGCCUAAGGACUCUGCAUCUAAACGGAAAGCUGAUGCAGUGCAGACCCCCAAGGAUCCCAAGCAAGCUCGUUUGGAGGCCUAUGAAUUAGAAAUCUGGAAUGCCACAUGCGCAAAACUUGGUGACCGGCCCUGGCGUCCCGCAAACAAUUACGCCAAUCCAUAUAGGAUGUAUAGCAAAGACAAGUGGGAGGAAGCGAAGAGACAAUGUGAAGAGGGUCGGCGACCUGGCAAGGGGAAACCGAUCCCUAACGAAGUCAAGAAGAUGGUCACCAAGAUGUGGAAAGAGGCCUCAGAGGACGAGAAGAGGCCGUAUAAUGAGAGAGCGGAUGUCCAGAAGAAGGCGUACGCUGCCGCUAUGGCAGAAUACAAUGUGAAAGCGGCGCAGUGGGAUAAGGAUGCCCUGGCAUUCAGGGAAGAAUACGUUCGGGAGCACCCCAGCAUCCCAGGCCCUGGGGAGAACGCUGAUAGUCCAUCGAGGAGAGACAGGAGGGCGAAACGCAUUAGUGGAUAUGCAGAGGAUUCCGGGUCCGAUUUGGGCAUUUGA